CCGGGCAGCAGCCGCGCCAGGAGGUGCCCCGGGCAGGAGCCGGGCUCCGGGGAGCCAGCAGCCAGCCGGCCAUGGCCACGGCCAUCCAAAACCCCCUCAAAUCCCUGGGCGAGGACUUCUACCGCGAGGCCAUCGAGCACUGCCGCAGCUACAAUGCCCGCCUGUGCGCCGAGCGCAGCAUGAGGCUCCCUUUCCUCGACUCGCAGACCGGCGUGGCCCAGAACAACUGCUACAUCUGGAUGGAGAAAACCCACCGCGGCCCCGGACUGGCCCCUGGGCAGAUCUAUACCUACCCCGCCCGCUGCUGGCGGAAGAAGAGGAGACUGAACAUUCUGGAGGACCCCCGGCUGCGGCCUUGCGAGUAUAAGAUCGAUUGCGAGGCUUCCCUGAAGAAGGAGGGGGGUCUGCCCGAGGGGCCCGUGCUGGAGGCGCUGCUCUGCGCCGAGACGGGCGAGAAGAAGAUGGAGCUCAAGGAGGAGGAGACGGUCCUGGACUGCCAGAAGCCGCAGCUGGCCGACUUCCCCCACGACCUGGAAGUCGAAGACCUGGAGGACGAUAUCCCGAGGCGCAAGAACAAGGCGAAAGGGAAGGCGUACGGGAUUGGGGGAUUGCGGAAGAGACAGGACCCGGCCUCUCUGGAAGACCGAGACAAGCCCUAUGUCUGUGACAUCUGCGGGAAGCGCUACAAGAAUCGCCCGGGCCUCAGCUACCACUACACGCACACCCACCUGGCAGAGGAGGAGGGCGAGGAGAACGCCGAACGGCACACGUUGGCCUUCCACCGGAAAAACAACCACAAGCAGUUUUACAAAGAAUUGAAUUGGGUACCCGAGGCCCAGUGCAGACACACAGCCAAGAAGGCCCCAGAUGGGACGGUCAUCCCCAACGGCUACUGUGACUUCUGUCUGGGCGGCUCCAAGAAGACGGGCUGUCCUGAGGACCUCAUCUCCUGUGCCGACUGCGGACGCUCCGGCCACCCCUCCUGUUUACAGUUCACCGUGAACAUGACGGCCGCCGUCCGGACCUACCGCUGGCAGUGCAUCGAGUGCAAAUCCUGCAGCCUGUGUGGCACCUCCGAGAACGAUCCGGGCGGUCUCUGCCCCCAGGACCAGCUGCUGUUCUGCGACGACUGUGACCGGGGUUACCAUAUGUACUGCCUGAGCCCCCCCAUGGCGGAGCCCCCCGAAGGAAGCUGGAGUUGCCACCUCUGUUUGCGGCAGCUGAAGGAGAAGGCGUCAGCCUACAUCACUCUCACCUAGAGCUGGCCCCGGGGGUGCGGUGCCCCCCGUCCGCCUGGCACCGCCCAGCCUCCCCUCCCCCCCCCUUCAUCGGAGCCAAGACUACCCAGGGGGAGGCCAGGUGGGCACUGGUGCCUAUGGGAUCAGCCCCCAACCCUCCCGACUCAA